AUGAUGGUUCAUGGGAAGGCUGCGACUCCAUGGAAAUGUAGAAGGGUUUUAAGGAGAAUUUGUGAGAUAUUGGGGAGUUUGGAUGCUAGAAUGUCUCACAUAUAUUGUGAAGCUAACGGGGUAGCAGACUUUUUGGCUUUGUAUGCUGUUCAGUCGAGGAGGUCCACUGAUUUCUCAAUGAGGAGUUUGACUACAGAAGGGAAAUUAUUGUUGAUCCAUGAUCAGACUGGAUGGCCAGUGGUUUUGGACAAGCCUGCUUCUGUCAGAACUAAAUCGUUGUUGAUUAUCCGAACAAGACGCAGUAGGUUGUCUGCUCAGAAAUAUGACCCUAGAAGCAAUGGUCCAAAGGUGCCAUUUUUUAGUAGUGAUGAGGAAACUCUUAGCACAUCCAAGGGAAAUGCUUUAUUGGUUCCAAGGGAGAACCCAAGAGCUUUUAUCCUUCAUUUUUCAGAACAGUGGCCCCUGAGGGCUAAUGGAAAGCAAUUGCCUACGUUGAAUCAUAAAUAUUAUCAUGUGUAUGAGAAUGGAAAUAUAGGUGACAAUGGCACAAGUGAAGCCGGUGUUAUUUCAGCCAAACUCAACCUUAAGCCUAAUGGGAUGCGUGAUGAUCAUUCCACCAAAAAGGAAGGUUCAUGCAUUGAAGUCCCCGGAUGCAAAGAUGGUCAGGAUGCAGGAGUUGGCAACAAAGGAAAGACUGAACCAGGGUUCUACAGCCGUGUCAAGGAGUUUGUGGUUGGACAACGUGGCUAUGGCAACAUCAAGUUUUUGGGGGAGACAGAUGUGCGGCAACUUGAUCUUGAAUCCCAUGUCCAGUUUAAUAACCGUGAGGCGAUUGUGUAUAUGGAUGACAGCAAGAAACCCCCAGUGGGGCAAGGUCUUAACAAGCCUGCAGAGGCAGCUCUUCUUAACAUCAAAUGCAUUGACAAAAAGAGAGGGAAACAACAGUACAUAGAUGGACCAAAGGUUGAUAAGUACAGAGAGAUGCUAAUCAAGAAGGUGGCAGAGCAAGGUGGUGAAUUUGUUGCUUAUGAUCCAGUGGAAGGGGAGUGGAAAUUCUGA